AUGGCGUCGCGGAUUGACUCAUCGAAAAAUGCUGAUUCCGCUGUCUUCUUCGAUGCAGCUGCUGUGGAACAAAUGGACGGCUUCCAGGACCUCUGGCCAGAUGACCAGAUCGACUGGGCGUGGCUCAGCACGCUGCCGUUUGAGCUGGACUCUGAGCUGUUCGAUGGGCUUUUUGAAGCGCUUCCAUAG